AUGGCGUCCUUCUCGACUCUCAAUGAAGACUGCCUUUGCAGAAUUAUUUCCUUUUUGGACGAUCCUGAUUCCUUUCACAGCGUCGCUCUCUCCUGCAAGAGGGUUCAACAGGUGAUUAACAACACUCGGAGCAUUCUCCAUCCAAAGUUGCUGCGAGCAAAAGCUGAAUAUUACAUAAAAUGCUACCUUGUGGAAAUCACCGAUGACAAGAGAGACUACAACGAGUUUAGAAAUCUGGAGAAUCUUCUGUCCAAUGCUGCGCGCCUUACAGCAGCUAAGGAACUCCUGACUUAUGCGAAAGUGGUAAAAGUUUGGGAGAGAAACGGACCCGUGGCAGCUAAAUUGUUUACAUGGAUCAGAAAUCUGGAGAGUAGAACAGAAGAAGGCGAACCGCGAGCGACCUGUUUUAAAGAAUACCAAAGUGUCACGUUGCAUUUGUCAGGAUGUGACAAGGACUUAAAGAUCGAUACCACCUACUUUCAUGAUCACAUCGGUAAUUACGACAACGAGUUGAGCAUCCACGUCACUUGUGGAGAUUUGGAUGUAAAGUCAGAAGGUGAGUUUGCAGGUUGUUUUUGAUUAAAGAUUAGUUGACUACAGUGCAGAUAACAGUGGAACUGGUUGAGAUAACUGAAUUGAGAGAGUGAUUGACUAGCUGACUGACUGACUUAGUACUGUGAGAGUGACAGACUGACUGACAUACUAUGACAGCCCCAUUUACCUAGGCCUUUAGUGACUGACUGUCUGCCUGAGACUGUAAUUGGCUAUCUGACUGAUCGAUACAGUGGCUGACUGACUGACUGAGAGAUUGGCUGACCUUCUGACUGAUCAUCUCAUUAGGAGAGUCAACAGGUUUUACUGACUGACUGACAGACUCAGUGUUUGACAGACUGACUGAAUGAAUUGAUUGAGUGAGUCUGGGAUUGAUAAAUUGACUUAUCCAGUAAGCAACCUUUAUUUAUGCCGUGCCUGGUUGGGUUUCACUAGUGAGUUUUAGUAUUCCAGCCAAAAUAAUUGUAAAAAAUUUGAACUGAAAAUAAGACUUGUUUGGCAAACAUGGGUGUGGGUGACGAUGGUGACCCCCUCUUUUUAGGGAAAACUGACAAUUUAUAAGAAAAACAAGCAUGCUUUUGAAUGCCAGGAAAAGUAAGUAUAGGACCCUCUAAUGAUUGUCUAUAACAAAGUGCUCAGUGUCAUUAAAGUUUAUUAUUUUUGUGGCAAUUUUGGUCAAGUUGCCAUAGUACAUAUCAUGUUAUUAUGCACAAUUCUAUGUUAGCAGACUGUCUCUUAUGCCAUUUUGACUAUAUGGUUAAAUUAAUAUUUUAAAGCUAAAAUACCAUUUUGUAUAGAUUUUACCCGCUAUUGCCCAGAUGAUUAUGAGUAUUGGGAAGAAAAUGAAGUUCAAGCUGCAGUGAAACCAAUGAAACCAGUGGUGGAACUCCUGCAAAAAGAGCUUGGUGAGACAGUUCCUCCCAUAACAAACAAUUUCUUCAUCUGGCUGUGUUACUUCUUUCCACACCAGUACACCUUGACAGUAGAACACAAACUCAGGUUUAAAGACCUGUCCAGGAAUGAAAAACCCACCUCAGGCCAUGUUCAGUCAGCUAUAGAUCUGUUUCACCAGAACCUUCAAGCUGAAACCAAGUUGAAAAACCUAGUGUCUGAAUGGAAUAAUCCUGAUUCAAACCUUCCCAGUUUGAUUGCUGAAACUAUGGCUGUCUUGAUCCAGAGAUCAGAGACAAAAUUCCUUGAAAAGCUCCAAAGAGAUGCUAAUGGCUUUUAUGAGAUUGCCUCCGACCUUAAGCAGAAGCCACUGCCCAAACCACUUGUGCAGGACUUGCUUUUGCGAACAGAGCUUGAAUUUAGUGAUUACAGCCCUGGUACAGUUGCAGACAAGUUUGUAGAAAGCAGAGCUUCAUUCAGGUUUUCAGGAGGUAAAGUCGUGAAAGCUUGGGGUGGCAUGCGUGGGGAUGGGGCAAGUUACCCAACUUGGGAUGAAUUGGAGCUUAAAGUCACCUUACCAGAUGGCAAAGAAUUGAAACUGAAUUCAGACGGCACAUACAGGAGGAAAACUAUUCAAGUUGAAAUGUUGAGUCCAGUUACGGAGCUAUUUCAGAAGGGUGCAAAUAAAUGCAUGGAAGGAGAGGGGCGCAUCCCCAAGUUAGAUGACCGCUUUACAGCCUACUAUCUUUUGCAUGCCUUGAAUUUUGGUGGAGAAGAAGAAACAUUCCUUGGAAAGGAUGAUAAAAAUGUGAGCUGUUCACAGUCUAGUGAGGAAGGAUCAUAUGAGGGGAGUGAAGAAGAACAGAGUGAAGAGGAACAUAGUGAUGAACAAUAAACUUUUCACUUUAUGGCUUUAAACAGUAUUUUAUUCAUAAGGACAGUUGAAAUUACCAGUAAUCAACUUGUUAGUGCAAGGACUGCAUAACUUUAAUAGUCUAACAUAGGUUUAGUGAAUGCCUUUGGAAAUCUUCCUGAAUGUGUAUUUUAAAGUUAUGUCUUUAAAAGACAAAAAGAGCAAAUAUCAUUAAUCAAUGAAAUGAAGAAACUAGUUUGCUCCAUUUGGCUGUAAAACAGUUGAAUUGUUUUAUUUAUCAGCAGAGUAGUAUUUAUAGUCUAUUGUAAGUUGGAUAUUCUAGCACAAAAGAAGCUGUAGCACAUUUUGAAUUUAUUCCAUCUACAAUAAACAGC